GCGCAGUCGCGCUUCGACGCCGCGCCCGGAGCCUCCAAGAACGCGACGACGGGCUCGCUGCACCAGGACGCAUACCGCUGCGGCGUCCCGGCGCGAUACGCGCAGAAAACAUAUGUGCGCCUGCGCGCCGUUUCGUGCCAUCUCAUAGGCGAAAAGCGAAACACGAGCCCUCGCCGCCGCCGACGUGCACGAGUCCAUCCGUGUGCAUCCGGCAUCGUCUCCCCCGCCGUUGCGGCGCCCGGACGCGCCGCCUCGCCUGCGAGAUUCCGGCGGGGGCGGCUCAGGCACUCUGCGCCGAAGCCGCGCGCCCCGGAUGCGACGUAGGGUGUGUGCAGCACCGUGUACGCGGGGCUGCAUCUUGCGACGCACCGGGCGCGCACGCGCGGUACGUGGUCGUCGACGUCGACGUCGUGCGCCGGCACUGGCGGCUUUGAGUAGUCGAGCCUGGGGGCGUGCGCCUUGCGCUUGCACGCCGCGUGGCGGUCUCCUACCUGGCGGAUGUCGAUGUAGUGGGCGCCGCGGAACGGCGACGACGAUGACCGGCGGGUAAAAGUCACGCACGUCGGCCUGGCAGAUGACGGCCUUGCCCGCGACGCAGGGGGCACGCACGCGAGGUACGUGGUCGUCGACGUCGACGUUGUGCGCCGCGGGGUCGAUGGAGUGGGCGCCGCGAAACAGCGACGACGGCGACCGGCGGGCGCGGGCGCGGGUCCCGAACGUCAGUGCUGCAGAUGAUGGCCAUGUCCGCCGCCACCGCCAGUACAGCGUCGCCCUUACCACAGACGACGCCGUCCCAACGUCUCCAGUGGCCCCCAGGGAGUCGUCUGCCGCUGUAUCUACGAAGGACUAUGAUGUACUCCGACCUCCGCCCUGCAAUGCACCGCCCUCUCCCGCUCUCAUCGUGGCCCGCCUUCGCCUCGCCUGCACCACGUGCAACGAAGAAGGCGGUGGCGCCCGCGAUAUCUACUCUGCCAGUACAGGUUCCACGUAUCGACGGGAGUCUUCGCAUAGGAGAGCAGCCAGCUGAAAGCGUUCGACGAUUCCUGAGAUGACGCAGACGCGGGCGUCGCAGCGACGUCAACCGGCACGAACUGCAUAAUGUCAACGCGAGCAUCAUCUCCGACGCGACACUGACGAUGACGCACCACGAAUCCCCCGCCGAUACACCCCCGGGGCAGGGUGCGAGCUUGGGGACCGAGAACAAAGGAAGGCGCACACUGCUGCACGCGGAUCUGACAACUACGAUCUUCCGGAAAUGAUAACGAGGAUCUGCUCACUGUGUAGCAGCAACCGGGACAGAACACUUGCGUCCUCGAGCCUCGUACCGCGGGCCGCGCGUGUGGCGCCCUCGUGAAGGGACCGGGAGCACCGCGGUCAUCUGGACACGGAAAGGAUGCGGGCCUGUGCCGGCCGGCGGCCGCUGCCUCUUGAGAGGGAAAGAAGUCCGAGCAAGCAUGACAGGCUGGAGGAGAACGAG